AUGCUCAGUUUGGUGUGUAUUGCUAGAGAGUUUUUUUUGCUUGAGAGAGUGCAUGUGAUCAGCACAGGGCCAAUCAGUGCUGUCCAGACAGAGUGUCAGGGGUCCUGCAUCCUCCUAGAGCAGAAAGAAAAUUCCUCCUACCAGCUUUAACAUGUGCUGUGCUGGACACUGAUAGAAGUCACAAAACUGCUGUAACUGCUGAUGACAAAAGGUAUUUAGCAGUUUAUAUUUACUAAAAUAAUUGCAUUUCCAUGUUCUGUGUAAUGUGGGAGACCAGAUAUACUGAAUGCAGGGUCCUGGG